ACCCGAGCGCGGCCCAGGAGCCCCGAGAGCCCGGCCCUCGGCUCUGGGGUCCCCGGAGCGUUGCGCUUCCGAGCCGCCCGCCUCUCCGGGCCCGCCUAUCGGCUCGCGGGAAAGUUGGGGCAGGGGUGAGGACCGCGCGGUUGGAGCGCCCCAGCCAGCCGGGCCGCUGGCGUGGGACCGUCAGUUCCACUUGGCCCUUGUCACCCUUGUCUCCUCCCCCCAGGCCGGACUUCCGAAAGUGGAGUGAGCUCCGGGUUUUGGAGAUGCUGGAGGGAGAAGCUCCUCCGAGAUGAGCGUGGCCCCCUGGCUCGUGGUAGCCGCCCGGUUUCUCUAACGCCAUGGCGCGGACUGGAGUGAGAAACCGCUGUCUGUCGCUGGCUGCAAAGUGAGCGGGAAGCAGGCAGCGGGCCGUCCCAGGACGACAUGGAGCCCUGCGGAGACCUCGAGACGCCCCUCGGGGAACCUCCUGGCCCCGGGGGACGGGCAGCUGAGGACGAGGCCCUGGGCGAAGACUUUGGGGAGCGGUGGAGCCCUGAGUUCCAUCUGCAGAGAAAAUUGGCGGACCCCAGCCACAGUGAACAGCAAGAUCGAAACAGAGUUUCGGAAGAACUUAUCAUGGUUGUCCAAGAAAUGAAAAAAUACUUCCCCUCUGAGAGACGCAAUAAACCAAGCACUCUAGAUGCCCUCAACUAUGCCCUCCGCUGUGUCCACAGCGUGCAAGCAAACAGUGAGUUUUUCCAGAUUCUCAGUCAAAAUGGAGCACCUCAGGCAGAUGUGACCAUGUACAGUCUUGAGGAGCUGACCACUAUUGCUUCAGAACACACUUCCAAAAACACAGAUACCUUUGUGGCAGUAUUUUCCUUUCUGUCUGGAAGGUUAGUGCACGUUUCUGAACAGGCUGCUUUAAUCCUGAAUCGUAAGAAAGACGUCCUGGCAACUUCUCGCUUUGUCGACCUGCUUGCCCCUCAAGAUGUGAGGGUGUUCUAUGCACACACUGCCAGAGCUCAGCUUCCCUUCUGGAACGACUGGACCCAAAGAGCAGCUCCACGGUAUGAAUGUGCUCCGGUGAAACCCUUUUUCUGCAGGAUUCGUGGAGGUGAAGACAGAGAGCAAGAGAAGCGUCCCUCCCCAUUCCGGAUCAUCCCUUAUCUGAUUCAUGUCCAUCACCCUGCCCAGCCAGAAUUGGAAUCGGAGCCUUGCUGUCUCACUGUGGUUGAAAAGAUUCACUCUGGUUACGAAGCUCCUCGAAUCCCAGUGAAUAAAAGAAUCUUUACCACAACACACACCCCAGGGUGUGUUUUUCUUGAAGUAGAUGAAAGAGCAGUGCCUUUGCUGGGUUACCUACCUCAGGACCUGAUUGGAACGUCGAUCUUAAGCUACCUGCACCCUGAAGAUCGUUCUCUGAUGGUUGCCAUACACCAAAAAGUCUUAAAGUAUGCAGGGCAUCCUCCCUUUGAACAUUCUCCCAUUCGAUUCUGUACUCAAAAUGGAGACUACAUCAUACUGGAUUCCAGUUGGUCCAGCUUCGUGAAUCCCUGGACCAGGAAGGUUUCUUUCGUCAUUGGUCGGCAUAAAGUUCGAAUGAGCCCACUAAAUGAGGAUGUUUUUGCUACCAAAAUUAAAAAGAUGAACAAUAAUGACAAAGACAUAACAGAAUUACAAGAACAAAUUUACAAACUUCUCUUACAGCCAGUUCACAUGAGUGUGUCCAGUGGCUAUGGGAGCCUGGGAAGCACCGGGUCACAGGAGCAGCUUGUCAGCAUGGCCUCCUCCAGUGAGGCCAGUGGGCAAUGCAUGGAGGAGACAAAGGCGGAGCAGAUGACCUUGCAGCAGGUCUAUGCCAGUGUCAACAAAAUUAAGAAUCGGGGUCAGCAGCUCUACAUUGAGUCAAGGACCAAAUCAUCAAUCAAGCCAGUGACAGGGACGUGCACAGAACUGAAUGGUGGUGGUGAGUAUAAGGCCUGUACUUCCUUCCACCAAACAUUGAAAAAUAAUAGCAUGUACACUGAGCCUCACAAGGAUUUGAGGAACGAAGAGCACAGCCCGUCCUAUCAACAGAUUAACUGUAUUGACAGUGUCAUCAGAUACCUGAAGAGCUACAACAUUCCAGCUUUGAAAAGAAAGUGUAUCUCCUGUACAAAUACAACUUCUUCAUCCUCAGAAGAAGACAGACAGAACCACAAGGCGGAUGAUGUCCCGGCCUUACAAGCUGGUUUGCAAAUCCCAGCCAUACCUAAGCCAGAAAUGCCAACAAAUGCACGAUCCACAGACGCAGGAGGAGCAGCUCCACAGAUCCUGUCCACGACAGUGCUGAGCUUGGGGUCGGGCAUGAGCCAGUGCAGUUACGGCAGCACCACUGUCCACAUCCCACCACCAGAGACAGCCAGGGAUGCCACCCUCAUGUAUGAGCCCUGGACCCUGAACAUGCGGCCAGCCCCUUUGACCUCAGAAGAAUUUAAACACGUGGGGCUCACUGCGGCUGUUCUGUCGGCACACACCCAGAAGGAAGAGCAGAAUUAUGUUGAUAAAUUCCGAGAAAAGAUCCUGUCAUCACCCUACAGCUCCUAUCUUCAGCAAGAAAGCAGGAGCAAAGCUAAAUAUGCAUAUUUUCAAGGAGAUUCGACUUCCAAGCAGACUCGGUCGGCCGGCUGCAGGAAAGGGAAGCACAAGCGGAAGAAGCUGCUGGAGCCGCCGGACAGCAGCAGCUCGAACACAGGCUCCGGUCCCCGCAGGGGAGCGCAUCUGAACGCACAGCCCUGCUGCCCCUCCGCGGCCUCUUCUCCGCACUCCUCAGGCCCGACCUUCCCACCUGCCGCCAUGGUACCCGGCCACGCCCCUUACCUCAUCCCAGCCGUGACCUGUCCCGGAAGAGAAUAUGCCGCCCCCGGAACUGCGCCGGAAGUCCUGCCUGGGCCGUCCUCGUCCAAGGACCAGCAGACUUGCCCAGCUUUCCCUUCCCCUUACUUGGAUACUUUUAUGACCGUUUUCCUGCCUGACCCCUCUGUCUGCCCUCUGUUGUCGCCAUCGUUCUUCCCAUGUCCAUUUCUGGGGGUGACAGCCUGUUCUGCAAUAUCACCCUCAAUGUCAGCAGUGACUCCAAACCUGGACACACCCCCUUCAAUCACCAACCAAAGGAGAGAGGAGGAAAAGUGGGAGGCACAAAGCGAGGGGCCCCCAUUCAUUUCCUCAAGGAGCAGCUCGCCCUUGCAGCUAAACUUACUUCAGGAAGAGAUGCCCAGACCUUCUGAAUCUUCAGAUGAGAUAAGAAGGAACAGGUCCCCACAAGCUGAGUAUCAGUGUGUUAUAGGCAACAGUGGCAGUGAGGGCAGUCCCGCUACUACCCACGCACUGUCCAUGGGAUCACCUCCCAGGGAGACUCCAUCGCAUCCUACUGCCGGCGUGCUGUCCACGGGGUCACCUCCCAGGGAGACUCCAUCCGGAACUGGUUCUGCAGCAUCAGGAAGCAGUGACUGCAGUGUAUACUUUACUAGUAGUGCUUAUUCUUCUGAAAUCUCCCAAAAUGGGCAGCAAUCUCAGGAUGUACAGAAAAAAGAAAUAUUUCCCAAUGUCGCCGAAGAGUCCAUCUGGAGAAUGAUACGACAGACACCUGAGUGCAUUCUCAUGACGUAUCAGGUACCUGAGAGGGUUAAAGAAGUUGUACUAAAAGAAGACCUAGAAAGGCUAGAGAGUAUGAAGCAGCAGCAGCCCCAGUUUUCUCAGGGGCAACAGGAGGAGCUGGCCAAGGUGUAUAAUUGGAUCCAAAGCCAGGCUAUCCCUCAGGAAAUUGAUGUUCAAGUGACAUUGACAUCAGCUAACGCACCUGCUUUUGUUCUUUUUUGGAGGCCUGUGUCACUUGCGAAAGUGCAGAUUCAGCUGAUGAUGGGGCCACAUCCAGUGGUCAGGCAGAAGACAGCAGUUGAGCGACUGUGAGGAUGAACCUUCGUACCCUUUCCAAGACAUGUUACACAAACUGACCUUUUUAAGUCCUGGACUUUUAAAUAUUUGACCACGAAGUUAUUAGUGAAUGUUAAGACUUUUUCUUCUUGAUUUUUUUAAUACACAUAAUCUUUUUGAAGCAGACAUUGUAUACAGAGUCUUACUUCUCUUUGUUCCUGAUACAUUUAAAUGGCCAGUGAGGCUCUUUCUCUAGUUGAGUUGUCUUCUAAAGAGAUUGGAUGGCCUCUAAAGAGGUCUGUGGAUCUCUGGUUCAGAUGUCACCCAGAGUACAUUAUAAUUAGAAGUGUAGCUAGAAUGAGCCCCAGACCUUAGCCUGGUUUAUUUUGUUCUGUUACAUAGUCAGUUUCACCUUAGAGUGCUUGAAGAACUCCCAUCUACGGGUUGUAUACUUUUCAUAAUGGUUUGCGUAAAUGUAGUACAUUCAUGUAGGCUUUGUUCAACCUGGUGAUCCCCUGCUUAAGAUGAAACAUUCCGGUUUUCUCACAGCACAUUAGCACAUAUUGUCCAUUAGCAUAUCUGGGAUAACCAGGUUUUGAGGGUUGAGUUUUGACCUUCAUCCUUGCAGAUGCCUUUCCUACUGAUUUCCCGCCUUCCAGUGAAAUUCUGAACAUUGAUCAGCUUACCAUGGGCUUAUUCUUUUGAGAGUUUAAGUUAGCAUUUACAUGUGUAAUGUUAAAAUGAAAGAGCUGCUUAUUCAACCAAUGGUGUUGCCCUUUUGAAUGUUUUUGUUUAAUUGUAAAAAGUUUCACAAGUAAUGUAAAAGCUAGUAUCAUUCUUGUAUACUUCUGUAUUUAAAUUUUCAUUCUUACCAAAACUAACAGUUAAUUCUUUCUUUCCAAUCAAUUUAUACAAAAGAGGUCACUCCAGCCCUACCAGAGGUCUGAUUGGCUCUGCCUUUGUUUGCCCUUGAACAGGGGUAAGUGUCAUGGGGAUUGCGCAGGAGAAAACAUCCAGGGAGCGCAGUUGUCCUUCCCACAAGGCCCUGCGGUUCCUGCAGUCAGUGCUUUCUGUGGCAGUUGUAGUUGUGUCUUUUAAGAAGUGAGUGCGAUUGUUUAAUUGAUAAAUCAGCUCACUCUCUGGUGCUUAGAGAAGUCCCUGAUUCUUUCUCAAACUUGGAAUGAUACAUGAAAUUCACACCCCUGGAAGUCAGGAAAAAAAAAUACAAAAUGAAGGUUACAGUAACCUUUUGUCUUUAUAUAACUUGCAACAAACUAACUUAUUUUUGUCUUCCCUUUUUUUGUUGUUUUUGUUUUUUGUGGUUGUUUUAUGGAAAUGCUUCUUUCUCCUUUGAAGUGUUACAGCUUUUUGUAAAUGCAUCCUGAUAAUGAUUAGGAAAAUCAACCUUUUUAUCCACGAAGACCAUCCCCGUAGCUCAGAUUUUCUUUCGAAGUAGUGGUUUUCUGGAUGAUAAUUCCAUCUUAAGGUGUCAGAACUAUUUUCAAAUGCUGCCUCUGGCAGUCCUUGAAUUUUCUGAUAUUAAACAGUUCCAUGCAGAUAUUCCCGUUUUAUACAUAGCUCUUAUAUUCUGCUCCAUCUUGAGACUUAAAUUAUUUCUGAAGCCUUUGUGUAUGUGUUGAUCAGGUUGUAUUUUGGCUUGAUGAAAAAAUCAAAUUUGAAACAACCAGCCGGUAGAUUGUCUGUCAGUGAUCUUCUGUAGUAAUACAGUUUUUUUGCUUCUGUAAAUAAGAACACCUGUAGCUAUCAGGACCAUUGUGCAUUCAUAUACGCCUACUUUAAGGCUUAUGUUCUCUAACGGAAGCCUUUCUUUCCAUCAUUUCUGGAUAUCUGUAUUAUCCAAAUGUGCUCAUUUCUUUGCCUUAGUACACAUUUUCUGGAGUACAUGUUAUACGAGGUUUCAUUGGAAACUGGUGCUUGUCACAGAACUGUCAGAGCAUGAGGAGCGCUCCUGUUGUGGGUGGAGGUGUCCAUGCACUCGGGUUGCACCUGCUGCUGGCAGUGAGCAGGGGGCUCAGCAGCUGGACCACCAACCCCCAAGGGGGCUCUCGCCAGUUUAAACUUUGUUGUUCAAAUUUAUUAACUUUUUAUAUUAAUGACUAUAGAAAAUGGAAGUAAAAAUGUAUAUUAUAGGCUUCAGUGUUUACAUAAAUGUUAUCCAGAAGCUGUAUUUUCUUUGGUCAGAGGUCAAGAUUUAUGAAAAACAAGAUGCUGUAUGAAUGGAAUCGUUUUGCAAUUGAGUGAAACUUCAUUAUAAUUCACAGUGUAUAUUUAAUCCAAAUUGAAAUUUUGUUUCAACUGAAUGUAUAAUUAACUCUGAAUUUGUUUUUAAUCAUUAGCAAUAUUUGAAUUGGAUGUCUUUUUAAGUAAAAACGAUAAACUUGUGUACAUGUAAAACGUGA